UAGUACUCAAGUGCCCUCUUUAACAGCAGACUUGUAUGCAACAGGGAGCGCAAUGGGAUCAAAUUCAAGUUCCAAUCAGGGCCUAAGCAGCAUCUCAGGACAAAAAAUGAGACAGACAGAAGAAACUUCUAUCAACUUGCUCCAUGUAAAAAUAAUAAGAAUGAGAAAUCUCCGGAAGGCUGACUUGUUAAGCCAGUCCGAUUGCUAUGUGGAACUGUGGCUGCCAACUGCCUCAACUCAAAGGGUCCGGACCAAAACAAUCAAAAACUGUAAAAAUCCAGUCUGGAAUGAAACCUUCUGUUACAGGAUUGACAGGCGUGUUAAGAACGUGCUGGAGCUGAAAGUCUGUGAUGAAGAUAGAUUCAGCAAAGAUGAUGAACUCUGCACAGUUAUUUUUGACGUAGCUAAACUUCACGUUGGGUAUAAAGGUCGUGUGAAGUUCGUGUUGAAUCCCCAGGAACAGGAGGAGCUGGAGGUGGAGUUCAUACUGCAGAACCUUCUGGACUGUCCUGAAAACAUCAUUACUAAUGGAAUACUAGUGUCACGUGAAGUUUCCUGUUUGGAAGUUAAUGGGCAGGCAAAGAAGCUAAAGCAACAAUCCACAAAGGAAGAGCUCACACUUACAGUCCAAGGAUCCUAUGAAGAAACCCAGAAGAUUUCAUUGGAUGCUGACUCCAGCCUCAGGAGUAGAGAUGCCAUUGUGUUUCACUGUGUCAAGAAUAACCAAACAAAACUGGAUGUUACACUGCCAAAGAAGAUGCAUGACUGUGUUCAGACCUCAGAUAAAGAAGAAUCCCUGCCUCUGCCUCUAAAUUCACUCCCUUUGCAAAAGAAAAUAACCAUAGCAACGGACAAAACAUUUGACUUGCAUGUGAAGGCAAAAGACUGGCCAAAAGACAUGGACGUGCGCUUUGGGUUUGACUUGUGCACAGAGGAGCAGGACUUUCUGUGUAAAAGGAAGAAGUAUGUUGCUGCUGCUGUGAAGAAGGUGCUCCAGCUAAAGGAUGACCUGCAGGACCAUGAAGUGCCAGUGGUGGCAAUCACGACAACAGGGGGUGGGACAAGAUCAUUAACAGCAAUGUAUGGCAGCCUGUUGGGUCUUCAGAAACUGAAUAUCUUGGACAGUGUUUCUUACAUGACUGGUUUAUCGGGCACUACAUGGACUAUGGCAAACUUGUACGAAGAUGCUAAUUGGUCACACAAGUAUCUGGAGGAAGCAAUCAAUAAAGCUCGGAAGCAAGUGACCAAAUGCAAGAUUAAGGGUUUUACUUUGGACCGUCUGAAGUACUAUUACAAUGAGCUGAAAGAGCGGCGCCAACAAGGACACAACACAUCUUUUAUAGACUUGUGGGGGCUCAUGGUUGAAUACAUGCUACAUGAUGAGAAAGAUAACCAUAAACUCUCGGAUCAGCGACAGGCAAUAAAUGAGGGCCAGAAUCCGCUGCCCAUUUACACGGCUAUCAACCUCAAAAACAACUAUAGUGCUCAAGAUUUUAGAGAAUGGUUGGAGUUCACUCCCUAUGAGGUGGGAUUCUGGAAAUAUGGAGCAUUUAUUCGCUCAGAAGAUUUUGGAAGUGAAUUUUUCAUGGGAAGACUGAUGAAGAAGUUCCCAGAAAGCCGGAUUUGCUACAUGGAAGGCAUGUGGAGUGGUAUAUUUUCCUUGGACGUGAUGUACUUCUGGAAUUUAGCCUUUGAUUCAGAGGACUUCUGGUACAGAUGGACUAGAGACCGAGUAAAAGACAUUGAGGAAGAUCCUGUUCUGCACAUAAAGCCUCAUGAGACACAGACUCGCCUGUUGACUCCUGCAGGCGCCCUUUCUACUGCUUUCCGAGAUGUCUUAACAGGGCGCCCAACAAUUGCAGAAUUCCCCAAUUUCCUAAGGGGCUUCCAGAUGCACAAUGAGUACCUGGAGAAUGAGCAUUUUUCUACAUGGAAAGACACUGUGAUAGACACUUACCCUAACAAACUAAUUGAAACAGCACAGCACCCUCUAUCCCUGGCAGAUACUGGAUUUUUUAUCAAUACCAGUUACCCACCACUCUUGCUACCUCAGAGGAAAGUGGAUGUCAUCCUGCAUUUAAAUUACAGUGGAGGAUCACAGACAUUGCCUCUGGACCUAAUUGCGAAGUACUUCUCGGAGCAGGGAAUCCCAUUCCCCAGAAUCGAGAUGAGUGAGGAAGACAGGAAAAAUCUGAAGGAGUGCUACCUGUUUGAAGAUGCUGAGAGUCCAAGAGCUCCUAUAGUGCUUUUUUUCCCAUUAGUAAAUGACACCUUCAAAAAAUACAAAGCUCCUGGUGUGGAACGCAGCCCCACAGAGAUGGAGGAGGGGAAAGUUGAUGUCUCCAGUCCCCUUUCCCCGUAUACUACAAGGGAGCUCUCAUUCAGUGAAGAGAAUUUUGACAAUCUGGUGAAAAUGACUGACUACAAUAUCCUGAAUAAUGAAAACUUGAUUGUUCAGGCCUUGCGCACAGCAGUGGAACGGAGGAAACAGCAAGCUCCCAUAUACUACAAGGGAGCUCUCAUUCAGUGAAGAGAAUUUUGACAAUCCGGUGAAAAUGAUUGACUACAAUAUCCUGAAUAAUGAAAACUUGAUUGUUCAGGCCUUGCGCACAGUAGUGGAAUGGAGGAAACACCAAAUAAAAUAGUCACUAUCCAAUAGACUUAAUCUCCUGGGAUUCUAUUUCUUGUGUCUUCUACUAUGUAGAGAGACCAAAGCCUUCUGAUGGCUUGCUAAUAUUGUAUAUCUAAUAGUAGCCUCAUCAUCAUGCCUCCAUGGACUCCAGUUCAUCCCAGUUAAGUGAAGGUUCAAAUAAACAGAGUUUGCUAAAUCACGUCAUGACUAAGACUUUACAGAUGGUUCAAUUGCAACCAAACUUCACACCAUCAAGGUUAAAUUUUAGAUUUUCUUACCUUAUCAGUUUAUCCAUAGAUAUACAUUCAUUUUAAG